UUAAUAUUGCUCAUACGUGUUUAUAUCAAUGAGUAUUCAAAGCAAAGUAGUAAUAUCGAAUAUGAAUUAGGAUUUUUUGUUCCAAAAAUCUUGACCAAUAACUUAUUGAAUUUGUUUAUAAUAAUUAUGUUUAAAGUGAUUUAGGUGAUCUAAAAUGUGAGAUGAUGAAAUAGUUUUAAACGAGUACUUUUUUCAAUUCAUUUAAGAUUGUAUUGUUGUUAUUAUAUUUUGUCAUAUUGGACAGUAUGAAUCAAAUUGAAAAUUGGUUGUGAUGAGUGCGUCCCUGUUGACAAUGAUACAUAAAUAGUGAACUUUAAAAAAAUUAUGGAUAUAUGUGAAACUUCUCUUGGAAUUAUUAAACAUGUUGAACAUAAUUGAUCUUCCUGAUAUUGUGCUGGAGACUGUUCUCUCUAACCUUACUUACGAUGAAAUUUCUAGAUACAGAAUCGUAUGUAAACAAUUUGAUCGAAUUUGUAAAAAACUACUAAAUCGUGGUUUCAAUCUUAUGGAAAAAUAUCAUGCACAAUGUCUACGUGCAGUAAAAAGUCAAUUACCACGUAGGGAAUCUGAACGAAGAAGUCAUCCCUUAGCACGUCAUUGUGGAAUAUUAACAGCAAUAGAGACAAGAAUAUCAAUGUUAUCAAUGACGUUUAUCAAAUAUGUGGACUUAAACUUAUGUUGCUUCAUUCCUGGAAAAGUAAUCGAUGAAAUAUUUCGUGUUCUUCGUUUGAUUCGUGAUUCAAAGACUCUACCUACACCACAUGAAAUAUUGCAAGAAUUACGUGAUAUUAGUAGUAUGGCUAUGGAACACUUUGAUGAAAAAAUUUUACCAGAUUUAAAACAUAGUACUUGUACAUCUGUUGUUAGUAAUGUGGGUUCUUAUGAAUUGCCUAGUGGAAGUUCAAUAAUUUCACAUCAUACUACAAGUUCAAAUAAUACUACAUUAUCGCAUAGUUAUAGUACAGAAAAAUUAAACCAAACAUUUAAGAAAAUUUAUAGUCGUACUAAAAGAAAUAAAAUUUCUGUAACAUUUGUAAAAUUUGAAAUAACUAAAAUGAAAUUAAGAAUGAGAAAACAAAUGAUUCAAAUGCGAGUCCAAAAUUUGAAACUUCAAAAGCAAGCAAAAAAGAUUCAUGAUCAAGAUACACAGUUGGCAGAAAUGAGAAAGCAUCUGGAAGAAUGGAAACAAAAAAUGGGUGAUUUAACUGCUGAAUUAAGUAGGGCAAGGGAAGAAAUACAAAAGCCUGAUUCUAUAGACACUUGCAAAAGAAAACAUAUUGAUAUUAUCAAUCAACGUGACUUUGAUUCUCUUCAAACAAAAGAAUUAAAAGCUAAAAAGCGUAAAUUAAUUGUAGAAAGAAAACCUUCAAAUGAUGCAAAAGAUGUCAAAUUUAAAAAGUUUAUAUCAGAUCUUCUUGCAGGAAAUGCAGUAGAGGGAUACCCAUCUACUUCACACUAAAUCUUUUCUGUAAAUAGUAAGGUCUUGUUCAAAGGCAUGUUCUAUUAUAAUAUUGUUAAUUUUAUACUGUGCAUUUUGAGUUAUUAUUUAAUAAAUAUAACCAAUUAAAUUUAUACAUAUUUACACUAUGUUUAAAUUAUACAAAUUUGUCAAAAAUAAGUAAUACAGUAUUUCAUAAAUUUAAUCAUAUCUCGAAGAUAUUUAAAUCUCAUAUAUUAAUAAAAAAAGAUUUAUCCCUUCUAUACUACAUUCCUGGCAUAUAAUUAAUAUUCUUAUAGAUCAGAUCAAUAAUAAUCAUAUCUUUCUUUGAAGAGUAAAAAUGUGAUAAACUGUAUUAUAUAAAAAAAAAAUUGGAUGGACUAUAGAUAACUCUAACAUAGAUAUAAGGAGUGAAUGUACAUUUAAACUUUUCAAAAGAAUUAUAAAGUUCCAUAUUGAAAUGAAAUUCAUAGCUAUUGUAUCUUUUAUAAAAAAAAUCUCAAUCAUAAAUUAUUUAUAAGUUAAAUUUGCUUGAAUUCAAUUUUAGAUCAAUCAUUAUACACUUUCCUCUGAAUCUGAAUCUUCCUGGAAUAAUAAUUCUUUAUUGAUUUUUUCUGCAUCUUCGCUGUUUAUAAGUUCAACAGGUAGAGAAUCUGAUGAAUUUUCAUAUAAUAUUGCGUGUGCACUUUGUAAAUAGCUUUGUUGUUUCUUUUUAAUCUGUUGUCGAGCAUUAAAUUUUCCUACUUCUGGUAAGACAAAGUUAUAAAUCAUAUCUGCUACCAUUUCUUCUUCUUCAAAAUCCGUCAUACUAGAACAGUUUUAAUUAAUGUUAAUACAUUAGUAUUUGUUGAUUCACAUAUACUUCAUAUUUUAUUAGAUAUAGUAUUAGUAUUUAAAUUAUACUAAUGAACAAUAAAACUGUGUGGUAACAUACUUUCCUAUUGUAUUAUUUGAAAUUUUGUCCACAUGAUCAAAAAAUUGUAAGAUAUGUUGUUCAGCAUUCUGAUAUGAUAUUUCUUCAAUUUCUUCCUUUAUAAUAUCAUCUAAAUAAAUUUCUACGGUAUCUUGA